AUGGUGAACAAAACCGCUCUCACGAUCUCAUUUCUGGCCGUGAUCACUCUUGGAGGUGUGACCAACAAGUUCGCCUACCAGAUCAAGGAUGUUGGAGACCCUCAGUACCCAGAGCACUACUUCAAAAAGCCCUGGUUCUUGGAGUUGCUGAUGUUCAUCGGCAUGACCAUGUCUUUCCCACUCUACUGGGCGAUGAACGGCUGCUCCAAGAAGCAGGUUGCUGACUCCAAUAGUGAGCCCCUGCUGCCGGUCGUUGCCAAGGACAGAGGUUGGAAGAUCAGAGCCUUGAUCUUCCUCCCGGCCAUGGGGGACCUGGUGGGGAGCAUUUUGAGCUUCAUAGGCUUGGUGUACAUCAGCAACAGCACGGCCCAGAUGCUGGGAUCCUCCAUCAUCAUCAUGGUGGCGUUCAAUAGCUAUGUCUUCCUGGGGCGCCGGUACAAUCGCAUCCAGUAUGCGGGGAUGUUCACGGUUUUGGCAUCCCUGGUAGUGAUUGGCUAUUCUGCGGACAUGGCGGCGCGCGACAAGACCGGCAAGAUCGAGGGCAUGCAGGAGGCUUCUGCAUCUGAGCAGGCCUUCGGCAUGUUCCUGUGCGUCAUCGCGCGAGCCGUGAACAGUGUCCAGUUUGUGCUGGAGGAGAAGGUCAUGGGCGAGUCCGGGCUACACCCCUUCGAGGUCACAGGCACUGAAGGUAUCUAUGGCCUCAUUGUCACGGCCUGCAUCAUCAUGCCCGCCUUGGCCUACAUCCCCGGAAGCGAUGUCGGAGGCGUCUUUGAGAACACCAGCGACUCUCUGGCGAUGAUCCAGCGCAACACCACACUUGAUCUAGUUCUGUUCCUGUACUUGCUGGGCCUUUGGGGCUUGAAUGCCCUUGGAAUGAUGGUGAUGAAGCACUUGGGCUCGGUCUUCCGAGCGGUGUCCAGGAACCUCCAGGCGCUCUUCGUUUGGCUCAUCGACAUGGCCCUCUUCUACGGCCUGGGCCGGCGGGGCUUCGGCUACGGCCCGGUGGGGGAGCCCUGGCAGGGCACGGCCUCCUGGAUCCAGGCGCCGGUUCGGCCGGGCGGCGCGGCGAGGGCUGGAGGGUUCGGCGAGGGCUGGAGGUUUUUCGGGUGA